AUGGUGGUUUUUAACGGCUUGCUGAAAAUCAAGAUCUGCGAGGCGGUGAAUCUGAAACCCACACCUUGGUCACUGAGGCAUGCGGUGGGUCCCAGACCACAGACCUUUUUGCUGGACCCUUACAUCGCCCUCAACGUGGACGAUUCCAGGAUCGGGCAGACCUCGACCAAGCAAAAGACCAACAGCCCUGCCUGGAAUGACGAGUUUGUCACUGACGUUUGCAAUGGCAGGAAGAUUGAGAUGGCUGUUUUCCACGAUGCCCCCAUCGGGUACGAUGACUUUGUGGCUAAUUGCACUAUCCAGUUUGAGGACUUGCUGCAGAAUGGGAGCCGCCACUUCGAGGACUGGAUUGACUUGGAGCCAGAAGGAAGAGUAUAUGUCAUCAUAGAUCUUUCUGGAUCAUCAGGUGAAGCACCCAAAGACAAUGAAGAACGUGUGUUCAGAGAGCGGAUGCGUCCCAGAAAGCGGCAGGGUGCUGUGCGACGCCGAGUUCAUCAAGUCAAUGGACACAAGUUUAUGGCCACCUACCUUAGACAACCAACAUAUUGUUCACACUGCCGAGACUUUAUAUGGGGUGUAAUAGGAAAACAGGGAUACCAAUGUCAAGUUUGCACUUGUGUAGUCCACAAGAGAUGCCAUGAGCUUAUAAUAACUAAAUGUGCUGGUUUAAAGAAACAGGAAACUCAUGACGAGCAAGUGGGAUCUCAGCGCUUCAGUGUCAACAUGCCUCACAAGUUCAGCAUUCAUAAUUACAAAGUGCCCACCUUCUGUGACCACUGCGGUUCAUUACUCUGGGGUCUCUUGAGACAAGGUUUACAAUGCAAAGUUUGCAAGAUGAAUGUACAUAGACGCUGUGAAACAAAUGUGGCACCAAACUGUGGAGUGGAUGCUAGAGGAAUAGCUAAAGUACUUGCAGAUCUUGGAGUCACGCCAGAUAAGAUCACUAAUAGUGGCCAACGAAGGAAAAAGCUAAUUGCAGGUGCAGAAUCUCAGCAGCCAGUUCCUGGAACCACACCUUCAGAAGAAGAUAGGUCAAAGUCAGCACCAACCUCUCCAUGUGACCAGGAAAUCAAAGAGCUUGAAAACAACAUUAGGAAAGCAUUGUCAUUUGACAAUCGAGGAGAAGAACACAGGACGACAGCAACAUCUUCAGCAGACAACCAGCUUAAUAAACCUGGGGAGAAUGGUGAAAAUGGGGAAGUCAAACAAGUCCAGACAAAACGAUUGGGCCUGGAAGAGUUCAACUUCAUUAAAGUAUUAGGGAAAGGCAGCUUUGGCAAGGUCAUGCUAGCUGAGCUAAAAGGAAAAGAUGAAGUAUAUGCGGUAAAAGUCUUAAAGAAAGAUGUCAUCCUUCAGGAUGAUGAUGUAGACUGUACAAUGACAGAAAAAAGAAUUCUGGCAUUAGCACGGAAACACCCCUAUCUAACACAACUCUACUGCUGCUUCCAGACUAAGGACCGCCUCUUUUUCGUCAUGGAAUAUGUAAAUGGAGGAGAUCUAAUGUUUCAAAUUCAGCGCUCACGCAAAUUUGAUGAGCCUCGAUCCCGCUUCUAUGCUGCAGAAGUCACAUCAGCACUCAUGUUUCUCCACCAACAUGGUGUCAUCUACAGAGACCUGAAACUGGACAAUAUUCUUCUGGAUGCAGAGGGUCAUUGCAAGCUGGCAGAUUUUGGAAUGUGUAAAGAAGGAAUUCUGAAUGGAGUAACAACCACUACAUUUUGUGGAACACCAGACUACAUAGCUCCAGAGAUCCUCCAAGAGUUAGAAUAUGGUCCCUCAGUAGACUGGUGGGCUUUGGGUGUUCUGAUGUAUGAAAUGAUGGCUGGGCAACCUCCUUUUGAAGCUGACAAUGAAGAUGAUCUCUUUGAAUCCAUCCUUCAUGAUGAUGUGCUCUACCCAGUCUGGCUCAGCAAAGAAGCUGUCAGCAUUUUAAAAGCAUUCAUGACAAAAAACCCAAGUAAGCGACUAGGCUGCGUGGCAUCGCAAAAUGGGGAGGACGCAAUUAAACAGCAUCCAUUUUUUAAGGAAAUUGACUGGGUUCUUCUAGAACAAAGGAAAAUCAAGCCACCCUUCAAACCUCGAAUUAAAACCAAAAGGGACGUAAAUAACUUUGAUCAAGACUUUACACGAGAAGAGCCAGUAUUAACGCUAGUGGAUGAGACAAUUAUAAAGCAAAUCAAUCAAGAAGAAUUUAAAGGGUUCUCUUAUUUUGGAGAGGAACUACUGCCAUAGUCAGCCAUGGACUGCCAGAUGAAUACUGUCGCAAGAAGUGGUCCUAAGAAGAUCCUCCAGUUAUUGAGACUCAAUAGACCAAGAACUACUUCUUUUACCAUGAGCCCUUGUCCCCAUUUAACUAUAUAUUUAUUUUUUCCUUGCAUCUUCUGCUCUGAAGGCACUCUUAUUUUCUGACUCUCAAACAAUGCAAAACAAUUUUGUAUCAGAAACUGUAGAUGUAACACACUGCCGUGCUUUUGCAGUUUGCAACCUUUCUGUUACACAUAAGGUAUCCCAGAAAGGACAAAUUUUGCAUCUUUUUAUGAACCAAAAGAGCCAUACUGUUUUAAAAUUGAUUUAGCAGGUUUUAUUUCUCAUCCUACAACAUUACAUAAUUGCCAUGCACCUUUAAUUAAAAGAGCCAUUUCUUCUUCACCGAUGAUUACAAUGAAGGUUUGUACUCAAAUGUGAAGAAGACAAUUAUACAAAAAUUUGUGGUAACUGAAAGUCUACUUUCUUGGAUGUGCAAUUAUUGAUCAUGUGUGCUUUAACUUACUAGGUUACAAGCAUAAUGUAAAACUAUCCACCAAAAAAGACAUAGCUAAUUUUUUAUUAAUAUUAGUUAGAAAUAAAAAGGAUCAUGAAGAUAAUGUAAUAAAAAGUUGUUUAAAAUAGGCAAUCAGAUACUUUAUAGACAGGUAUUAAAGGGCUAACAUAUAAGAAUUAAUCAGUUCUCCAAAAGCCUAUUAUAGCUUUAAUGAAGCUACAUAAGGUUUACUACAAAUUUGACAGGUAAUGGGGUAAAACAUUACUUUUCUUUCUUAGUAAAAGUUUGUACCCAAAACAAACAUGCCAUUGAUGGAUUGUAAUGGCAGGCAUGGAGGUGUUUUAAAUUACAAUUUUCUAAAAAGAAAAAAUAAUGUUUUAGUCCAUUGUAUUCAAUCUGAAUGAUACCAACUCUUCUUAAUUAGAUGUAUGUAUUUUUCACAGCAGUGUGUUACUUUUGCACACUUUUACAAAACCAUAGUACUACUGUUUUAAUGUUUAAAAUCUAAUAUGAAAUCUGUGCUAUUAAAACACAAAGCAAGCUUAACAUGGAUUAUGUGAAAGUGUGUUGAAAGACUGAAGAUCAAACUUUGAAAAACUGACAUUAUUGAAAGAUGUAAAUUGAUUUUCUUGUGUAUCAAUUGAAAUGGUAACUCAUGUGGACAAUAUUACUAAUGUGAAGUUACCUCCUGUACAUAUGCUAACAGUGUUAUGUACUUAUAUUUCCAGAAGUACCCUGUGUUUUUGUGUCCCUGUAUUGCUGAGGUAAUUUUAUUAUAUAUUUUACUGGACUGAGUGAGCAGUUAAUGGAAUCCAUUUUAAUUGUUGUGCAUGGAUUUCCAGCUGCACAAAAAAUAUAUAUACUUGUUACUGGCAAAGUGGCACUUAAGAAGCUUUUUUUGCCUUUUGUACAGGUGAGAUUUUGUAUAUAAGUGUUUGCUGCAAGGCCUGUGGAAUUCAUUGAAUAUAGAGAUAUCAACUGCUGCAUGUUCAGGCAUAUUAUAAAAACUUUAGUCUAUGAAAGAAUAAUUAUAAUAAUGUCCAUGUGCAAUACUCUGUAUGUGUAUUGGUUCAAGUUACUGUCAGAGAUGAGGUUGUUUUUGUUAUAAAAGAUGUAGACAUAUAUUAAGCUAUACUAAAUCUCUUUUAUAGUUCUCUUCAACUCUAUGAUAUGAUAGAGCUAGGAAAGAGAAAGGAAUGUUACAAAUCGUGGUGGACAACGUGCGAGUCGUUGGCUUUAAGAGAUAAAUUGUGAUCUCAAGCAAAUGAGUGAGUUUGUGUCAAUUAUGCAUCUGGCUGCUUAUAGCCUUUGUUACUGAUGACAACAUUCAGUUCCAUUUUGUUUUUUUAAAAACUCAGGUGUAAUUAUUAUUAUAUAUAAAUAUAUAUAUAUUCUUAUGAUGAUUUCAAAAUAUUAUGCUAUAUCAAUUCAUGUGUUGUCUGGCCUACAGGUGUAAUAAUGAAUCAAACCUUUAGAUUAAUUUAAUUUAUCUUCAGUAAAUUUAUGUACUGGGAAAAGACUAGCUUCUGGAGUUGAGUACAAGCACAGAAACAUCUUAAUGAGUACAUCAUCUCAUUUUUUUAAAGGAAACUGUUGCAACAUUGCCCAUAUAUUUUCAUGCAUCACUACUGGCUCUGUGUUGUUUUCACCACAUUUAGCUUUUGGCAAGAACUGACAGUGCUAAAUGGUUCUUUUACACAGGUGUAUAAACUAGCUAUGAAGAAAAACAAUUGCAUAGUGCACUACUGUUUGUAAAAUUAGAGGCCUUUAUACAAAAUUAUUAGCAUUUGAUUUUAGGGAGUAAGUAUAUUCCACAAAACUAUUGUGAGCAAACGGUUUAGAUCACUCCUGUUUUUAGCAUGAAAAUCAUCAACAAACAUUUCUAUUACAAGAGGCCUUGGCACCUGCAUUUUUUGUAAGGAUGCUAAGUGAAAAGUCAAUAAAGUAAAGUUUUUUCAUGGGCAGAUGUUUCUUCAAUACAAGUAAACAGAUCUUCUGUAUGGGGUUUACAUUAGGAGGUUUGUCUGUUACCUUGAACAUUUUUUAAAGAUAAUUCUUAAAAAUGGACAUGCUGUUACAUUUCUGUAUAAUCUUUCCUGUUUUUUGUUUUUUGUUUUUUUGUAAAAUGGGUGCAAAAUGCCAAAAAAGAGGAAUCCACUGUUUCUUAUUUUUCCCCUAAUAGAUUUUAUAAAAAAAUUACGGAAAAAUAUUUCAGAGUGAAAAAUAAUGAAUUCUCUCCAAAAAGCUAAAAAAUUACCUCUUUUUAAAUAGAAAAUGUAUUCAGUUUUCGGGUUAGGGUUUUUGGUUUUUUUGGAGGGUGGAUCUGAGAUUUUAUUUGUACAGGAUUUCUUUUUCUUAUGGGUGUAAUUUGAAUUUCUUGCCAUCAUUAGUGUUAUUUCAUUGUAAACAUUAUUACUGUGCCAAAUGUACUGUAUACAAAAGGAUGUGAAUGUGUAUUGUUUCAGAACCUAAUAAAUACAAUGAUGUUAAAUCUU